GGUUCCGGCAGCGUUAGGGCUAAGGUUAGCUUAGCUGAUGUGGGGACGUUCUUGAGGACGGUUUUGUUGUUGGUGUCGUAGGUGAAUAUUUCAGUACUUAAACUAAAAAUGUCUUCAACAUUUAGACAUUUUAUAAACGAGCGACUAACUGCUGCUGCUGAAGAAAUAUUCUCAGAGUUUGAGAAAACCAUCGUCCAGUACGAGGAGGAGAUCGAUCGUCAGCGCAGACUGCUGGAUAACAUCUGGAAACCACAGAUAACACAACACACAGCAGAUCUCCCACAGCAACAUGUGUAUAAGGAGGAGGAAGUUCUCGCUUCCCAGCAGCUCUGUAAUCUGGAGAAGAACUCCAGUCUGGACCUGGACGACCAAGAGCAUCUGCAGAUGAAAGAGGAACAGGAGGAACUCUGCACUGGUCUGGACCUGGAGGACCCACAGCCUUCACAAAUUAAAGAGGAGCAGGAGGAACUCCGUACCAGUCAGGAGGGAGAGCAGCUCGUACUGAAACGAGAGAUUGAUGAGAGUCGUCAACACAGUGACCUGCCCUCCUCUCAUUACUGUCCUGUAGAUGAAGCUCCAGGUCAGGAUGGAAGGAAGCUCAUAGACUCAGGAUCAACCAGAAAUGCAGAGCCAAACCCAGAUAAGAGAUCUCACAGAAACAACAGUCACAGCAACACGGUAGACGACUCUCCUGUAUCUGAGAGUCGGUGUAAAACUGAUACACAAUGUGACGUCUGUGGAAAAAUUUUUAAAGACAAGUACCAAAUGAAAAGGCAUCAGAGAAUUCACACAGGUGUGAAACCAUACGCUUGCAACUUUUGUGGGAAAAGAUUCUGUCAGAUAUCAUCAGUUAAAUAUCACAUAAGAAUCCACACAGGUGAGAAGCCACAUUCUUGCGACACAUGUGGCAAAAGUUUCAGAACUAGUGAUGGUUUGACCGUCCACAGGAGGACUCACACGGGUGAGAGACCAUAUUCCUGUAAAACAUGUGGCAAACGUUUCACUCAGAAUGGUAGUUUGUCUGCUCAUAUGAGUAUUCACACAGGCCAGAAGAAGUAUUCUUGUAGGGUAUGUGGAAAAAAUUUUACUAAAAGUGGUAAUUUAAAUAUGCACAUGAGAACUCACACAGGCGAGAGGUCAUGGUCCUGAAACCUCUUGAAAAUACUUGUAAGAAUAGCUGUAGGUUACAAGUAGAUCUUUCAGAGUUGACUCACCCUCAGACUGUGCUUCAGCAAUGAUCCUGGGAAUGAAAUCAGGUUUCCAUCUGUGGCAGCCUCCAGAAUCCGUGUCAGGUUGUCAGACUGUCCAGUGCUGAGUUACACUGUAGGUGGCGUAGUACAACAGAUUUUUUCUGAAGUUUGUUCUUGUCCUUCACCAACUGUCACUGAACUACUGUGAUCCUGAAGAAAUAUUAAAAACCUUAAGAAUAGUUCUGAAUAGUUCCAACCAAAACUACCUGACAGCAGAUUCCUUCCCUUCUCAUAAUCUGUAAAUUGACUAAAAAUGACACAUAAAAAUGUCUGCUGAACCAUG